AAAGAAGUGAUUUUCAGUUUUUUUUUCCUCAACGCUGCUGAAAAACACUGAUUACCUCAAAAAAAUUGGGAACUUCUGAAGGAAGAACCUUAAACAUCUUGAAAGAAGCAGGAGAUUCAUAUUCAAGAUGCAUUGUGAAAGGUUUAUAUGCAUCCUAAGAAUCAUUGGAACAACGCUAUUUGGAGUUUCACUCUUACUUGGAAUCUCAGCUGCUUACAUUGUUGGUUACCAGUUUAUCCAAACAGACAAUUAUUACUUCUCUUUUGGACUAUAUGGCGCGAUUUUAUCACUCCACCUCAUAAUCCAAAGCCUUUUUGCCUUCUUGGAACACAGAAAAAUGAAGCGAUCUCUUGAAACGCCUAUUAAACUGAAUAAAUCGGUCGCCCUGUGUAUUGCUGCAUAUCAAGAGGAUCCAGACUACUUAAGAAAAUGUUUACUUUCUGUGAAACGCUUGACCUACCCUGGAAUGAAAGUCAUCAUGGUUAUCGAUGGGAAUUCGGACGAUGACAUUUACAUGAUGGACUGUUUUCGUGAGAUAAUGGGCAAUGACAAUUGCGCCACGUACAUAUGGAAAAAUAACUUCCACGAGAGAGGUCCGGGUGAAACCGAAGACUCUCAUAAAGAGACCAUGCAGCAGGUCACUCAGAUGGUUCUUUCCAACAAGUAUAUAUGUAUCAUGCAGAAGUGGGGAGGAAAGCGUGAAGUGAUGUAUACAGCAUUCAAAGCGCUGGGGAGGAGUGUGGAUUAUGUACAGGUCUGUGAUUCUGACACAGUGCUUGAUCCAGCAUCAUCGGUUGAGAUGGUUAAGGUGUUAGAGGAGGACAUGAUGGUUGGAGGCGUAGGAGGAGAUGUACAGAUUUUGAACAAGUAUGAUUCAUGGAUCUCCUUCCUCAGUAGCGUGAGGUAUUGGAUGGCUUUCAACAUUGAGAGAGCAUGCCAGUCGUAUUUCGGAUGCGUUCAGUGCAUUAGCGGACCACUGGGGAUGUACAGAAACUCCCUCCUACACGAAUUCAUUGAAGAUUGGUACAAUCAAGAAUUCUUAGGUUCUCAGUGCAGCUUUGGCGAUGACCGCCAUCUUACAAACCGCGUUUUAAGUCUUGGCUAUGCAACCAAAUACACAGCGAGAUCAAAGUGCCUUACAGAAACCCCGACUGAGUAUUUGCGGUGGCUCAAUCAGCAGACACGUUGGAGCAAGUCCUACUUCAGAGAAUGGCUCUACAACUCAAUGUGGUUCCACAAACACCAUCUGUGGAUGACCUACGAAGCCGUGAUCACUGGAUUCUUUCCGUUUUUCCUCAUCGCAACAGUCAUCCAACUUUUCUACCGUGGAAGAAUAUGGAACAUCCUGCUCUUCUUGCUGACCGUGCAGUUCGUAGGCCUUAUUAAAUCCUCUUUUGCCAGCGCUCUCCGAGGGAACAUAGUAAUGGUCUUCAUGUCUCUUUACUCGGUGUUGUACAUGUCAAGUUUACUACCAGCGAAGAUGUUUGCGAUAGCCACGAUAAACAAGGCCGGAUGGGGAACAUCAGGAAGAAAAACAAUAGUGGUGAAUUUCAUAGGGUUAAUUCCUAUAACCGUUUGGUUUUCCAUCCUCCUUGGCGGUGUCUUUUAUACUAUAUGGAAGGAAACGAAAAAACCGUUUGCAGAAUCUGAACAGACUGUACUCAUUAUUGGUGCAAUACUUUAUGCAUGCUACUGGGUCAUGCUUUUGACUUUAUAUGUCGCUCUGAUCACCAGGUGUGGCAGACGGAAGAAGGAACAGCAGUACGACUUGGUGCUCGAUGUAUGAUGAUAGCGAUUUACUUGUUAAAGAGUGCAAACUGAUAUAUAUAUAGAUAUAUAUAUAUAUAGAUCAAACCCUUAAAGACAUUUAUUUCAUUAGGAACUAUAGCAUUAAUGACAUGAAUUCAUGUCACUAAGGGAAAUGCAACACUGCUGCUGGGACUUGAACAUACACAACUCUUGUGGGCUCAUUUUUGUGUAUCCAAAGCAAAAAGAAAGUUGAACACUAUUGAGAAAAAUGAACACAAACGUACCCAUGGCUGCUCCUUGACAGAAGAGCGGCCAUUUUGUUUAUGCACUUUUUCUAUUGUGCAUAUGCCUGACAGUGUUAUGUUCUAUAUACCUCACUGGUCAUGCUUAUGUCUGGUCAUGGUAGGGAGAAUGGGUUUGAAAAAGUUUUAUUUACACUUUUUUUUUAACCACAUUUUCCCUGCCAAAGGUCCUAGUGAAUGGGCCUUGUGGCUGUCGCAAUACCUUGCAACAUAAUUUAUAAACUUUUUAAGAUUUAUUAUUAUUUUUUAUUUUUUUUUUUUAGUGAUGGCCAUCGGCCGUCAGAUAUAAUGCCAAAUGUGCUCUGCCGAAAAAGCACCUUGGUUAUGCUGUAUUUUUAUAAUAUUGUAAUAAUUAUGUUUUUUUUAUUUGUAUGCCUUUAAAUUUUUUUUUUACAUAUUUUAUAUUUUACUUAUCGCUAAAUUGUUUGGAUCUUUAUUCUUUUUAACAGUGUUUUAUUUUGUUAUUUUAAACUGGCCAAAAUGUGAAACUUUAUAAUGGUUCAUAUUGUUCACAAAGAAAAGAAUAAAAAUUCUUUGUACUUUUA